UAAUCAUUGACAUUUCAUAAACCCUUCCACUUUAUAUUCACAUUUCAUACCUACAUUUGGUGUUAGUGUACGUGUUGGUCAAAAGUCUCAUAAUGGAUAGAAUCGACCGCAUUCUUAAUGCUUUACUGACAAUAAAGCCGGGAACUAAUGAGCAAAUAAUUCGGGCAAUUGCAGAGUCGGUAGGUUUAACUGUAACGGAAGUAAAAGAGGUGUUUGGAAUUACAAAACCAGCGUCUGUAGCUAACACCUAUACAACUGCGUCUAAGGUCGAAUCAUCCAUUACGUUAAGCGUGGACUCAUUGAGUUUAGUUUCUGAGCGUAGCAACGAUUCUAUGGCACCUAAGCUACAACCGAGUGUUCAGUCUUUCGCUAAAACCGUAACCAAACUGCCCGAUAAUAUUAUAGUUAAUCGAUUUGCUCAUAUGACACCCAUUGUCACUUCUGAUAGCAGCGAUGAUGAAUAUGAAAUCAGUUCCCCAUCCAUACAAUCAUCAUUUGACUCCAAAAGAAAAAAGUCAAAAUGAUUCACAUUAUUUGGCAUAUA